UUCUAACAUAGUAUAAUACUCCAAUAUGAAGCUCCAUGUGAACAGCCGUCAAACAAGAUGUUCAAGAUCAAGGAAAAGCUGGCGAAGAAGAUGAGUCAGAAAAUCCACAAGACGUUCAUGAUCAAGGAGAAACUUGCGGCCAGGUACUAUGUGAUUGCGGCCACAAUCUCAAAGCUUGUGGUCUGAUAGUAGAACCUUGCGUCCAUGACCAUGCACGGAAAAUCUUGCGCAUACUCAGGGAAAUUCUAGCAAGCCCCGAAUUUUUCCCUCGUGGGUACCGUAAAACGAGACAACUCGCGUUUUAACGACUCGAUCUCAGAGAAAAACAAAGACGAUAAAAAACAGUGGGAGGCGAGAAUUAAACAUAUCUUCUGUACUUUAUUAUUCUAAAAAAUGGCGUGCGCUCCCCUUUCUGCUCCGGCUCCGGCGAUAGAAUUUAAAAGAUUGGGGGCUCGUACAAAAAUCCCUUCAGCGAAGAAGCCACGCCAUAAGCAUCCACUUACCGCCACCGUUGCGGGUGGCUCGCCGCUCAAAUUGAGAGCGAAAUUGCCAUUGCAAUUGAACCUUCCCCUCCGCCGGAAAUUAAGCACCAGAGGAAGAGAUUGGUUUUCUUGUACUAGUACUAGUAGUUGUGAAUACCCAAGCAUUAAUAGUAGUGGUAUCAUCAUCAAUUGGGGAAUGUGCAACUUCAAGUGGUUUAGAAGAUGGUAUAUCAUCAUCCCAUGGAGUUGGACCUCUCGAAUGGUCUCCAUUUAUUUAGUACUAUGUCUCAGUUUUGCUGCAGAGGCACGCGAUAUUCCACAUUACCCAUUUGAUUAUCAUGCUUGUGAAAAUGUUCGAAGUUAUUAUGCCGGAAUGGAGGAUUUGAGAGGUGAAGCACUACAGAAAAAGUUGAAUUCUAUCAUUGCCAGACAUCAUCCCUUAUCCUACAAGGAGGUUUGGGAAGCUCUUAAGAUUCUUGAUGCUGCUGAUGCUGAUAAACCGGAGGCUUCAUUAGAAGUAGUUGAAAUUUACUCCUUGAGAGUCGUCUCGAAGCUCUUAGCGGGAAAACCAGAAGGGUGGAAUCGCGAACAUUUAUGGCCUCGAUCUUAUGGGUUAAUGAGUGGCCCGUCCUUAACUGAUUUGCACAAUAUUCGCCCAGCUGAUGUGAAUGUGAAUUCAUCGAGGGGAAACAAGUUCUAUGGAGAAUGCCAUGUUAGUUCAUCUAACUGUCGGAAGCCGGCAACCAGAGAAUCUGCAUUUGACACAGAAGCAGAUAAAGAGAGAUGGGCACCACCGAGGCAGGUUAGAGGUGAUAUUGCAAGGGCAAUAAUGUACAUGGCGGUCUGUUAUGGGGUCAAUCAAUCUGGCAGAGGCCUUAAUCUUCACCUCUCUGAUUCUCCAAACAUUGCUUCUCUAUGCCUCCUUUCUGCAGCAAACAAAGAGAUGGGGAUGCUUUCUACAUUGCUGAAAUGGAAUGAAAUCGAUCCACCAUCUAGAGAAGAGAAGUUAAGAAAUGAGAGAAUAUGCAUAAAGUACCAGCAUAACCGAAAUCCUUUUGUUGAUCAUCCAGAAUAUGCCAACCGCAUCUGGAAGCACGUUGUUCCAAGACAUUAAGGUUUCUACAUUGCUGAAAUGGAAUGAAAUCGAUCCACCAUCUAGAGAAGAGAAGUUAAGAAAUGAGAGAAUAUGCAUAAAGUACCAGCAUAACCGAAAUCCUUUUGUUGAUCAUCCAGAAUAUGCCAACCGCAUCUGGAAGCACGUUGUUCCAAGACAUUAAGGUUUCUAUACUCCACAAUGGGAAGUAUGCCUUAAUGAAUCUUUCUUCAACAAAGAAGAGAUAAAAAAGAAAGUUAGGUCUCUGCCAACAUCUGAUGUCUGGUUCAUAACAGUACGGGUCAAUAGAGUGGAAACUUGCUUUAGGUGGUCAGAGAUUCGUUGGCAAUUUAUUUACAAUGUAUCUGCAAUUGAACUGUUUUUCUAACAGAACGUUUGUGGAUUGGAAGAUCUAUAUCCAGGUUGAUGAAAAAGUGCGAAGUGGGAGGGGGAUUUUUGCCGAUGUUUAUGGUUGCACAGAAUUAUAAAUGAGUUUCAGUAGCCAA